AUGGACCAACUAAUGGCCAUCAAAAAAUUGCUAAUAGAAGAGAUUAUUGCACUGGGGAACGAGGACGCCAUAACGCCUACGUUCCAGCAACUGCAUAUGAGGCCAGGCUGGCUUGGGCUGACAUGUUCUGUGGAGUGGCUGAAGAGCAUACAGCCAAAACUCAAACCUUGGGAGGGAGCUGAUCUGAGGAUAGCCGAAGAGGCAGAACUGCCUCACCCGGAGAUCCUGGUCGGAUAUCUCCCCGACAGCCAUGAUCUCUCCAAUGAGAAAAUUCUCAAGGCGGUAGAGAAUCAGAACGCAGGGCUCAAAACCUCCAGCUGGAGAGUCCUUCGAAGGGGACCAUCAGUACCCAUGCUCGAGUUUGUCAUCUCGGCUGAUAGAACAUCGGUCGAGAGACUUAGAGCGAAGAAUUGGCAGAUAAACUACUUUUUCGGCCAAACAAAUCUUCGCCUUAAGGGAGCAAAGACAAUGGCCGAGAGGAGAGGAGCACCUCAGGCCUCAACCUCUGGUCCGGCGUCGAAAAGACCCAAAGGGGAGGUAAAGAAGAAGGUGGUGAAGCCUCCAGGAAAUGAAGAGGCCAUAAAACCGACCACCAGCUCUGGGGGGAGGGCUGAUCCGCAAAGGCGUGAUAAGGGGGGGUCCGACGGAAAAAAACCUGUGGUCCCUUCCGAAAAGCCUAGCGGACAUCCAACCUCAUAA